UUGGCAUGUCUAUAAAAUCAUGCAGUGCAGGCUAUAGUAUCAGCACUAGCAGCAGAAGGAUAACAUGAGGACUGCGGUCCUGUGGGGCCUGCUGGCCCUACUGUGUCAGCACACACUGGUUAGCAGCCACGUACUGGGAAGGCCAUCCUCUACCAGUGACCUUGCUCAGCUCAAGUCUUUAUUGGAGCGCUUUGAGGAGACUCUGGCUGAAGUAGCCCAGGAGGAGGACUCUGAGGCUGAUUAUGAAGGGACAAACCAAGAGCCUGAACACAGACAGACCAGCCAAGGAUGGAGCGUGGACCAGGAGGCAGACCAAGAACCUCUAAUAUCAGAAAAAUCUCAACCACCAGUGGAUGGCCACAGCAGGGCCUCAAGUCAAAGGAGCCGUCUACAGGACCUGCUGAUGACUACCAGGAAACGGGCUUCUAGCUGCUUUGGAGCCAGAAUGGAUCGAAUAGGAAAUGCCAGUGGUCUGGGAUGCAACAAUGGAAGAGGGUAG